GAUAUUCUUGUUUUUCUGACGGGUCAGGAGGAGAUUGAUUCUGGUUGCGAGAUCCUUUACGAACGAAUGAAGGCAUUGGGAAAUGACGUACCCGAGCUGAUUAUUUUACCUGUAUACGCAGCGUUGCCUUCGGAAAUGCAAUCGCGAAUUUUCGAUUCCGCACCGCCUGGCUCUCGAAAGGUAAUUAUCGCUACCAACAUUGCCGAGACCUCGCUUACCAUAGAUGGAAUAUAUUACGUAAUUGAUCCGGGCUUUGUCAAGCAAAAGGUUUACAGCAGCAAGUCGGGCAUGGAUCAGCUGAUUGUCACUCCAAUUUCUCAAGUAAGUAUCUUCUAUUAUCUAUCUUUAACCACUAUUCCUUAA